GCGCGCACAGAACGGUGGAACCUGUGGAUUGUGUCGCGCGCACUGAGGCGGGGACGCGCGUGAGUUCUGCCUCCCACAGCUGUGGGUGAACAGGGGGUUUUCACUGAGGACACCGGGACCGCUAGCCUGUGCUGCUCUCCUCCUCGCAGUGAAUGAGAAUGGAUUGCUCUGAAGAGGUGCAGUCCCUGUCGGACGAAGCCAGCACUCCAGUGGAGUUAAAGAAGGGAAUGUCAAUCUUUCUGGAUAUAUUGAGAAGAGCUGACAAAAACGAUGAUGGGAAGUUGUCCUUUGAGGAGUUUAAGGCUUAUUUCUCAGAUGGAGUUCUGUCAGGAGAUGAACUGAAAGAGCUCUUCCAUACGAUUGAUACUCAUAAUACAGACAAUGUGGACACAGAUGAGCUGUGUGAAUACUUCUCUCAACAUCUUGGGGAAUAUGAAAAUGUUCUUGCUGCUUUAGAAGACCUGAACGUCUCUAUAUUAAAGGCUAUGGACAAAACCAAAAAGGAGUACCAGGAGGCCACGCACCUGGAGCAGUUUGUGACUCGUUUUCUGCUGAAGGAGACGACCAGCCAGCUGCAGUCCCUCCAGAGUUCGCUGGAAUGUGCCAUGGAGACCACAGCCGAGCAAACCCGCCAGGAGAGGCAGGGUCCCGUGAAGCCCGAGGUGCUGUCGAUUCAGUGGUCAGGAAGGCGAUCCAAUCGAAGACUUCAAAGGAAUAACAGCUUGUCUCCAAACAACCCACUUCUCAGCCUUGUCAAUUCAGGUUUGUAUGAGGAGGACAACCAGUGGAUGACCCAGAUCAACAGACUGCAGAAGCUGAUUGACCGCCUUGAAAAGAAGGAGCUGCGUCUGGAGCCGGUUGAAGAGGAGGUCUCGGAAGGCACCACCAAAUCACACAUUCUGAUUGUCCAGCGGCAGCUGCCGGUGCUGGAGGACGAGCUGGAGGAGUUCCGCCUGGCUCUCCGGCAGUACAUCGACUGUGCCAGCGCCCAGACUGGCUGUCUGCAUGUUGCAGUUCAGAGGAUUGCUAAUGAAUCUCGCUUCAUACUGUACGAGUUCUGGGAACACAGCAGUGUGUGGAAGAACCAUCUGCAGACAAACUACAGCAAAACCUUCCAGAGGGGCAACGUGGACUUCUUAGAGACACCAGAGAUCACAACAACUAUGCUGGUACCAGCGUCGUGGUGGGUCCUGAACAACAAUUAGAGCUGUUUGACUCCAGAUAUCCGGACACGAGAGCUUACAAGGACCAAAAGGGAAGCUAGUUCGACAUCGCUGUUUCUUAAUCUUCUGGAAGUGCACCCUUGUGUUAACGCUUGCUGUGAAGUCAUGGUGAAUACCAUCAGACAUCUUUGUUCCCUCAUCAUUAGAUCUUUAAACUGAGUACACUCCUAGAUGUAACCUCCUAAAGCAAUGACUUCACUGUUCCAAUGAUGGUGCUCAGUGACACCAUCACUGUGUUGAUGUUUCUUCAGGAUUAGCACUUUGUCAGCAGUACAGCGAGUGUGAGCUGCAGCGUCCUGUACCGUUUUAGCUAGUCUGUGUAAGUGUCAGGACUCAAGGCCUCAUGCCUUAUGUAGCAGUACUUGUACUACCCUGAUAAACCACAAGGUUUUGACUCUAAUGUUUCUGUAUAAAGGUACACCUCUGUCGCUGUAUUUUAUGUAGUUUGUCAACUCUGAAUAAAUAUAAGGCUGUAGUCA